UCACAGAAAGUUGAAGACUGCCUUACAGUGGUAGGUUUUUUUCCCUUCGCCUUAAGGUUUCCACUCUGGCAGGAUGUUAGUGGCUUUGUUUCCUACCUUGUGUCUGGUUACUGUUAUUCAUGCUCAGCUCUGUCGACCAGAUGCAGAAAAUGCUUUUAAAGUGAGACUUAGUCUCAAAACUGCUCUGGGAGAUAAAGCAUAUGCCUGGAAUAGAAAUGAAGAAUACUUAUUCAAGGCAAUGGUGGCUUUUUCGUUAAGAACACUUUCCAACAGAGAAACAAUAGAAAUUUCCAAUGUCCUGCUUUGCAAUAUUACAAAACGUGUGUCAUUCUGGUUUGUAGUUACAGACCCUUCUAAAAAUCAGACGCUUCCUGCAAGUGAGGUGCAGGAAGCCAUAAGGAUGAACAGAAACAGGAUCAACAAUGCUUUCUUUUUGAAUGACCAGACAUUAGAAUUCCUAGAAAUUCCCACCACCUUUGGACCCCCCACUGAGCCAUCAACCCCUACCUGGAUAAUCACAUUUGGUGCAGUAUUUUUCAUUGUCGCAGUUGGAAUUGUAUUACUGAUUAUCUCAGGAAUCCAUAAACGGAGAAGGAAAAGCAAAGCAUCGAGAGAAACGGGUGAUGUUGAAGACAAACACGAAACAAUGGUGACAAUAGAAAAUGGUAUUCCCUGUGAUACUCUAGAUUCCAAGGAAGGACGUAUUAACAGAGCCUUUCCAGCAGAUGAUGAAAAAUUCACACCGCUUUAAGAAGCAGUUACCUCCUAUUGCCCUAAAGAAACAUAAUUUUGCUGCUGACCAUCUAAAAAUAUCAAGGAAUGACAGAGUUGGUUUUUGGGGUUUUUUCUACUGUGCAUCUUCUUUUGUAAGAAAUUUAGAUGAAAACAAGUGAAGAAGAAAUUGACUCUAAAAGUAGUUGAUACGGGUAAUUUGAAUUUUAAGAAGUUAAUUAAGCAAAUUAUUGUAAAAUAUUUUCCUGAGAAAACAAGGUUUAAGGAUAUUCA